AUGUCUUGUUCCAAGCGGCGUAAUCACUUCCAGAGUCUGAUGCUUCUGCAGUGGCCCCUGAGCUACCUUGCCAUCUUUUGGAUCUUGCAGCCGCUGUUCAUCUACCUGCUGUUUACACCCUUAUGGCCUCUCCCAGCACUUUACUUAGUCUGGCUGUUCCUGGACAGGAAGACCCCAGAGCAAGGCGGCAGGCGCUCAGCCUGGGUGAGGAACUGGACUGUGUGGACUUACAUCAGGGACUACUUUCCCAUUACGAUCCUGAAGACUGAAGACCUGCCGCCUGAGCACAACUACGUCAUGGGGGUGCACCCUCAUGGCCUCCUGACCUUUGGCGCUUUCUGCAACUUCUGCACCGAGGUCACCGGCUUCGCAAGGGCCUUCCCAGGCAUCACUCCUCACUUGGCCACGCUGUCCUGGUUCUUCAAGAUCCCCAUUAUCAGGGAGUACCUCAUGGCCAAAGGUCUGUGCUCCGUGAGCCAACCCUCCAUUGACUACCUGCUGAGCCAUGGCACCGGCAACCUCGUGGGUGUGGUAGUGGGAGGUGUGGGAGAGGCCCUGCAGAGUGUGCCCAACACCACCACGCUCAUCCUCCAGAAUCGCAAAGGCUUCGUGCGCACGGCCCUCCAGCACGGGGCUCAUCUGGUCCCCACUUUCACUUUCGGAGAAACCGAAGUGUUUGACCAGGUGCUGUUCCAUAAGGACAGCAGGAUGUACAAGUUCCAGGGCUACUUCCGCCGAGUCUUUGGCUUCUAUUUUUGCGUCUUCUAUGGACAAGGCUUCCGCCCAGGCACCACGGGGAUCCUGCCAUACUCCCGGCCCAUUGUCACUGUGGUUGGGGAGCCACUGCCACUGCCCAGAGUUGAAAAGCCAAGCCAGGAGCUGGUGGACAAAUACCACGCCCUCUACAUGGAUGCCCUGCACAAACUGUUUGAGCAGCAUAAGACGCAGCACGGCUGCUCAGAGACCCAAAAGCUUCUUUUCCUCUGA